GAUGCGAUUAAGAGGGUAUUUGGGGAUAAUAUGGAUAUCGAGGGAUUUGGGGUGGGGCUCUAAUACAAAAAAUACUGAUCUAAAAACGACCUCUCGACGUUGUGGUGGGAUGAAAACUCCUUCACGAAUUUCUAUUGGUACUCGUAAGUGACGGUUAUAAAGCAAAGCAUUAUUCCUUAUUUGAUCAACCAAUUGUGGAUUUAUAUAAUAUUGUUUAAGCUUCCUUCGAAGAAUUGUGUUUUCGAUAACAUA